AUGACAAAACCACUUUUAAAAUAUACUACCAGAAAUUAAUCACUGCUGAUAGCUGAUAUUUGUGGAGUGUUGAGUAUUUUGCAAGUUAUACCUAAUAGAGAAGCUAUUUUAGCAUUUAGAUUUUGUUAUGAAAUUUGUUUAGGAAUUUCAACUAUAAUUAUGCCUAUAUAUGUAAAAGAAUUAAGUCCAUAAAAAUAUUAUGAAAAAUUUUCUUAUAUUGCAGGUUUUUUAAUAGGAGGAGGUGUUUGCUAUUUCCUAAUCUUAUGGGUUUAGGAUAUUUAGAUAAUGAAUUAAGAGGAUAAUAUUCAUAUUAUUGGUAGAUUGUUUUUGUUAUUUCAGGAUUAUUACAUUUUAUUAGAUCAUUUAUUGUUACAGUUAUUUAUAAAAUGGAUAGCCCUCUGUUGGAUUAUUCUAGAUUAAAAUGCUUUAAUCAGCAAAAUAAAUUAUAUAGAAAAUAUAUUAACCACAAUUCAUAGAUUAAGUUCUUAUAAAAUGUUAAUUAAGAGUGUAAUAUAAUGAAGAACAUUAAGAAGGAAUUCUUAGUCUUUUUCCUAAAAAACAUAUUAAAACAUUAAUUAUUGGUUGUGUUUUAGUAUUUAUUUCCACUUGGUGUGGAUUGUUUGCUUUAUUUUCUUAUAGUUCUUAAAUAUUUGCUAUCAUGUCAGAUGGAGAUUUUACAUGAAUACAAUGUUUACACUUAUUCUUGGAAUAGUACAAUUUACUCCUGCAUUUAUUUCUAAAUAUGUUUAUGGAAGAUGGGGUAAAAGACCAUUAUUACUUUAUGGACUCAUUUCACUUAUAUUAUGCUAAAUACUCAUUAUUGUUUUAAGUUAUUUAGAUGCAUUUCCUGCCACCAUUGUUAAAUUUAUUAUUAUUCGCCUCUUUUCAUUUAUAUUUGCUAUGACACUUGGACCUAUUGCAAUGGUAAUUUUUAUUUUAUAAUUUUAUAGUCCAUGACUCCAGAAAUAAAUUCAAGUGAAGGAACAUCUUUUUGUUUUGUUACCUUAAAUUUUUGGCAAUUACUUGUUUUAUAUAUAUUUCCAUUUAUGCUAGAUGGAAUUAAAAUGGGUGGAGCUUUCAUUGUUUUUGGAAUAUUAACAAUUUUAUCAACCAUAUUCUUCUAUUUUUUUGUUAAAGAAACAAAAGGUUUAAAUCAUCAAGAUAUAGAUAAGUUAUAUGGAAAAGAAUGA